AUGUUUCUUACGACCUUCCAGACCUUCUCAUUGGCCUUCACAGAUCACUUAUGCGGUGGUCCACCUUGAAGUAGAUGAGCCACCACCACCACCGCUUCACGCCACGCUAACAUACAAUAACCAACUGACAAUGGGUCCAUGCAGGGGCAGGUCCACAGGUUGCUCCUUCUUCUCUAGUAACCCGCCUCUCUCGCCACCUCAGUAAUGUCGUCAUCUUCCAAACUCUACAUCCCUGUACACCGGCGGGAACCUUCACCGGGUUCGGCUAGCUCAACAAAGGCUUCGUUACCAGCACACUCAUUGUCGCCCUUGCCUCAUGAUAGCAGUGAGUAUUAUCCUCUAGCCUUUACCCAUCGGGUGGCACAUACCUCAUGUUCGUCACGUCAUACAGGACCUAUUAUCUACACACCUUCAGACAUGCUACUAUUAGCGUCAUCGCCUCUGUCAAAGUUAUCGCUGGACGAAUUGAACACCUUGCGAGCCGUAGCACCAGAAAUUGUCCAGAGCCAGAGGCAGCGCAGAACACACGAAUGGAGCAUGAGUUUUGGCCCGUACUGGCCCGGGAACCCUCGCAGACGCCCUCAAUUCCCCUUGCAGUCACAUUUAAACACUUCGGAAUCUGAAGGUGAGGGACAACGAUGGAGGAAGUGACGCGUAGUGAUACACUCCCGUCCAAGUCGAGUCCCUACCCCCUAUGCGAAGGCAGUCUUUAGUAUGCAAUAGAUCAUGUUGUAUGGAUCUAAUGGCUUGAGCCAACGCCUAGAG